AUGGCGGCGGCUGACAUUUUCGAGGCGCCUCAGAAAUCGGCGGCGGCGAACAUGGACUCGUCGUUUGUCGCCGCCGCGCGCCUCUGGGCCUCCACGGGCGGCGUCACCUUCCGCAGCGCGCGGCGCUCCGUCGACCUCGUUCACGCCGCGGGCGGCGCGCCGCCCUCCGCGAAUCGCGCCGCGGUCUCGUCGUACCUGCACCGCAUCCAGCGGCCCGGCCUCGUGCAGAACUUUGGCAGCCUGCUCGCGAUUCCCGGCGACGGAAAAAGCUUCGAUCUUGUCGCUUUCAGCGAGAACGCGGGCCAGAUGAUUCUGAAUGAGUCCCCACCGGCGCCGGCGGCGGCCAGCGCGGGUGCCGGCGCCGCGGACGCUGAAAAUGCGGGCAUGGGCGGAGCGGGAUCUGCGGCAGCGGCGAUGAUUGGGCGGUCGCAGACGAUUCCGGAAGGGGCGGAGUUGGCGCCGACGGCGGAAGCGAUCCGGAGGGGCGAAGAGGGAGCUUCGGCGGGCGGAGCGGCAGCGGGCGGCGGCGAGAGAAGACGGCUGGUGAAAAUGGCAUCUGAAGGGAGCACACUGUUCAAACCGCUGAACUUUCUGGAGCGCAUCCGCUGGGCGAUCUUCCGCUCCAACAGCCGCGGCCGCGCCAAGGGCGCAAGAAGAACCCGCCGCCUCUCCGCGGAUGCCGCCGCCCACGUGUCCUCCGCGCCCGCAGCUGCUGGCGUGGCGGGGAGAGCAAGCAAUGACGCGAGGGCUGGGGGAGGAAGCCGCGCUAGUGAUGGGUGGGGGGACGCGGGAAGAGCAGGGGGAAUGGGUGCAGAGAGAGACGGAGGCGGAGGGGGAGGCGGAGGCGCAGCGAGUGUGAGUGACAGCGCCAUAUUCGUGGGGCGCGGACUGGAGGAAGCUGCAGUUAGGACGCUGGGGGAAGGGGCGCCCGCUAGUGCGCAGGGGGGAGAGGCGGAAGAUGCUGUUGCUCCGCUUCCGCAGACGAAAAUAGCCUUGGGAAUGGACGUUCGGAGCCUGUUCACCCCGGAAAGCGUGGAGGCAUUAAAUAAGGCAGUGGCAGCAGACGCUAUAGCGUCCAUGAACCCCGUGCUGCACAUACCCACUGCUGCGACCACCACCACUGCCCCUACCUCCAUCGCCACUGCCCUUACCCCCACCACUACCCUUAACCCCACCGCUGCUACCACCAACAACCCAGGAAACAACAUCAUAAGCAUCGAUCUAGAGCCAAUUACAGCGCUCGACCCGGCCGUAGACGGGGCGGGCGCGCCUCUGACCCACCGGCUGGCCCUCUCGGCAGUGAAGCGGCUUCAGAAGGUGGCGCCUGGGAACAUCAGCGCGCUGUGCCAGGUGGUGGUGGACGAGGUGCGAGAGCUGACCGGGUAUGACCGCGUUGUGGCUUAUAAGUUCCAUGAGGACGGCCAUGGGGAGGUUGUGGCGGAGGACAUGCGGAAAGGGCGCAAGGGGCGGAAGGGAGGGGGAGGAGGGGGAGGAAAAGGGACGGGGAGGAGGAGCGGGAGCGGCGGGGCGGGUGAGGGAGAGGGGGGCGAGGGGAGGGAGGAGAGGGAGCAGCAGGGAGAGCAUGGGGAGGAGGAGGAGGAGGCGGAGGCGGAGGAAGGGGAAGAGGAGGAGGGGGCUAUGGAGCCGAUUCUAGGCUCUCAUUUCCCAGCAACGGACGUACCACAGGCCACGCGUCUCCUCUUCUUCCAGACGCGUUCCCGCAUGGUUGCCGACUGCCAGUCCCCCUCCAUCCCCCUCCGCCAGCAUCCCCUCUCCGCCCCGCACCCGCUCAAGCUCGGGGGAUCAACCCUCCGUGCUGUGGACCCGUGUCAUGUGCAGUAUAUGUGUAACAUGGGGAUCAGAGCGUCUUAUGUGCUGGCUAUUAUGGUGCCGACGCGCGGGGCGAACGCGCUGGGGCAGCCGGGGGGAGGAGGGGGAGGGGGCGGGCAUGGGGGGAGCCAGUCCGGCGGGGCGCAGUUUGCAAGGAGUCAGUCGGGGGGGAGCCAGCAGGGGGGAGGGGGAGGGGAAGGGGGAGGGACGGGAAGGUUGGAUCAGCAGCAGCAGGGCGUUCCUCUUGCCCGCAGCACCAGUGCCUCUUCUGGGUCGGGCUUGGGGGGUGGUGCUGGGGGGGACGCGGGGGGAGGGGGAGGAGGGGGAGGGGGAGAUGGGUGGGACAUGCGGUCAGACGAUGGAGGGAGCGUGUCAGGGGGAGGGGGAAGCGGUGGUGGAGGGGGACGGGGAGGGGGCGUGCGGCUGUGGGGGCUGGUGGUGUGUCAUCACAUGUCUCCUCGAGUGGUGCCCUUCCCCGUCCGCUCUGCCUGUGACUUUCUAAUGCAGGUGAGGGGGAGGGUUAGGGGGAGUGAGAGGGGGGGGAACGAAGAGGGGGAGGGGGCGUGCGGCUGUGGGGGCUGGUGGUGUGUCAUCACAUGUCUCCUCGAGUGGUGCCCUUCCCCGUCCGCUCCGCUCGUGAUUUCCUCAUGCAGGCGUUCGGCCUCCAACUCUCAGUGGAGCUCGAAAUCGCCGCCCAGCUGCACGAGAAACAGAUUCUCCAAAUCCAGUCGCUCCUGUGCGAUACUCUCCUCACAGACAACCCCGUCCGAGCGCUCGUGUCCUCUGCGCCCAACAUCAUGGACCUCCUCCCCUGCGUUGGUGGAGGAGAUGCCUUCCAAGGCCCCUCAACCGUCUCCUCCUUUCCAUCUCCCCUCCCAAAACCCCUUCCCCUUCCCACCCUCCCCCCUCUCCUUCCAGGCGUUCGGCCUGCAGUUGUCAGUGGAACUCGAGAUCGCCGCCCAACUCCACGAGAAACAAAUCCUCCAAAUCCAAUCUCUACUCUGCGACACGCUCCUCACGGACAACCCCAUCCGAGCGCUCGUCUCCUCCGCGCCCAACAUCAUGGACCUCCUCCCCUGCGACGGCGCUGCAGUCCUCUUCCGCGGGGAGCUCUCCCGCCUCGGAGUCUGCCCCUCAGAGGACAUGAUCGGGGAGCUUGUGCGCUGGCUGCAGCGGGAGCACUGUGGGUCCAGUGGGCUGAGUACGGAUAGCCUGAAGGCCGCUGGGUUCCCGUUCGCGGAUACUCUUGGAGUGGACGUGUGCGGGAUGGUGGUUGUGUGCUUUUCGCCUGCCGACGAGCAGCAGCAGCAGCAGGAGCGGCAGCAGGAGAGGCAGCAGCAGCAGGGGAGGGAGGCGGCGUCGCCUGUCCCCCCUUCACCAUCCGGCAGCAGCACCAGUGGCGGCGGGUGGGGCGGUGCGAGCGGCAGUUUCAGCAGUGUGAGCGGCGUGACGGGGGACUAUCUCUUCUGGUUCCGGUCGCACGUGGAGAAGUCGAUCAAGUGGAGCGGUGCGAGGCACAACCCGCUUGAUGUGGACGACGCCAAGAGGCGCCACCCAAGAGCGUCCUUCAAGGCGUUUCUGGAGGUGGUGCGGCACCGCGCGCUGCCGUGGGCCGACGUGGAGGUGGACGCCGUUCAUAGCUUGCAGGAUUUACUGUGCAAGUCGGUCAGGCGCAAGGAGAGCAUGGGACGACUCAUUUCUAUGGGCAAACAGAACAACAGCGAGCUGGCAGUGGCAGCGGACGAGCUGGUCCGUCUGAUCGAGACGGCGUCUGCGCCGAUCCUGGCCGUUGAUCUGGAGGGCAACAUCACGGGGUGGAACGGCAAGGUGGCGGCCAUCACAGGGCUCUCCUUCUCCGACGCCAUCGGCCAAUCGCUGCUCGACACGUGUCUCGACCCCUCGUGCGUGGACAAGACGAGGACCGCGUUUGAACUCGCUCUGGCAGGCGAGGAGCAGCAGCAGCUGGAGCUGAAGCUGAAGCGGUGGGGGUCAGUUCCCCAGGGCAAGGGGCCUCCCACGCCCUACGCCAUCCUGCACGUGAACACGUUUGUGAGCCGGGAUUCUGAGAAGAGCAUUGUGGGGGUGUGCUUCGUGGGGCAGGACGUGACGGAGGAGACAGCUGUCAGGACGCGAUUCGUGCGCAUUCAGGGCGACUUCACCACCAUCAUCAACACCCACAACUCCCUCAUGCCGCCCAUCUUUGCCACCAACGCAUCUGGCUUUUGCACCGAGUGGAACCCAGCCAUGGAGAGCAUCACCGGCCUCAAACGCUCGCAGGUGUUGGGCUGCAUGCUCCCAGGGAUCAUCUUUGGCCGCAUGUGCCAGCUGGCGGACGACGAUUCGCUCACGCGGCUGCUCAUCAUGCUAUCGCGGGCCAUGGCGGGGCAGGACGCUGGUGGGGAGGAGAAGACGCACUUUGCCUUCCGCAACGCCAAGGGUCGUAUGGUGGAGGUGCUACUGACUGUGCAGCAGCGGCUGGGCGGCGACGGGCGGGCGGCAGGGGCGUUUGGAUUCCUCCACGUGGCAAGCCCUGAGCUCAUGCAGGCUCUGGCCGUGCAGCAAAAGGCAGAGGGGUUAAUCGAGCAUCACUCCAAGCAGCUGGCGUAUGUGCGGCAGGCCAUGGCAGGGGCAGUGCACGGCAUGGUGCAUGCACGCUCCUUGCUGCACCGCUCCCUCCUCGACGCCUCCCCUCUCUCGCUCUCCGCUCACGCCGCCCCGUCUGCCGCCGCCCCGGGUGGCAAGGUUUGGCAGUUUAUGGAGGCGAUGGCGCGGUGCGAUGCGCAGCUGAUGCGGCUGCUGCACACUCAGAUGGACCCGCUGGGCGGCGGGGAGGGCGGUGGUGGUGGGGCUGAUGCUGCUGUGUUCUCGCACCCCAGUGAUGUCAUUUUAGCGCCCUUCAACAUGGCAUCUCUCAUCAACACGGCGGUCUGUCAAGCCAUGCAACACGCCAUUCACCUUCACUCCCUGUCCCUCCAACCCCUCUCCUACCCUGCCUGCCUGUCCCCGCUACCCCUCCCCUUCAGCAUGCUGCCAUUCACGCCCUCAGCGCCCUUCACCAUGGCAUCUCUAAUCAACACAGCAGUCUGCCAGGCCAUGCAGCACGCCAUUCGCCGCUCCAUCGGUCUCACCUAUGACCCCCCUCCCCUAUCCAUCUCCCUUUUCACUUGCUCUAUUCCUCUCCUAACCAAACCCUUCCGUACCCCACCCAAACCCUCAAUGACCCCCCCAAACCCCUCCAUUUCCCUUUCCCCACUCCUUCCCCCUUUUUCCCCCUUCAGCAUGCUACCAUUCACCCCCUCAGCGCCCUUCACCAUGGCCUCAUUAAUCAACACAGCCGUCUGUCAGGCCAUGCAGCACGCCAUUCGCCGCUCCAUCGAUCUCACCUAUGACGCGCUGCCAGAUGUCGCGUCCACGCGCCUCGUGGGCAACCAGCUGCUGCUGCAGCAGGUGCUGGGCGGCAUCACUGUAGCGGCAGUCAAGUCGACACCAUCGGGCGGCACCGUUCGUCUGCAGCUGGCGCCCAGCCCCAGCCGCAUGCUGGCAGUGGAGAUCGAGCUGCGGGGGAGUGGUGAGGUGGGGAGAGGGGUGAGGGGGAGUGGUGAGGUGAGGGGGACGAGGAAUGGAUUACGUGGGAAAGGAGGGGAACACGAUGGUCCUG